AUGAGCCCGCGCUCGCCCGACGGUGGGCCGCAGCCGCUGCGCGGGGGCGUGGCGCUGCCCGCACUGGACGACGCGGCGCCGCAGGUCAAGCGUCGCUUCGCGCGCGACGAGGACGCCAUCCAGGACGCCACGCUGCACUCGACGGCGUGGCGCAACCUGCGCUUCGAGGCCGCGCCCGUCAACGUCCUGCCCGAUACCGAGGGCCUGCUGCCGCCCUACGCGCUGCAGCUGGACGCGCCGCUGGAGGACUUCGACGAAGAGCUCAAGAGCAAGUGCGCGCUGUCGCCGCAGUUCCUGCAGCCCAAGCCCCUCACGGUGGCCUCCGGGUCGCUGGCCGAGGAGAAGGAGAAGGCGCUCGUGGACGACAGAGUCAAGACACUCAUAGACGAAGCCACGCCGAUGGUCAAGAAGUGCCACGCCGCGCGCGCCAACGCGGUCAUCGCCAACACGCGGCAGCAGAUCGCGGCGUACAUUGAACAACGCCCCGUCAUUCGGGAGAAGGCCAUGGCGCUCACCGGUCUACCGCUGGACAUUUCCAAGCUGGAGAAGGUGGCGGCGCGCAGACUGCUUCGAGACGCCGAGUUUGAACCGGAAGGCGUGGAUCGCCCCCACUACUCGGUCGGACGGACCGAGGCCGAUCAUUCCGGACACAUUUACCCAGAAACGGUGACGUAUCUGAGCAAGAUCGCGCCCAUCCCGCGUUCCACGACGUGUAUGCUGGCGUGUGGAACGCACAGAGUUGAAGACGACCCGAUUAUUCGCUUCGUGCCGUACUUCAGUGCGACGAAGAACAAGCCCCCAGAGUUCACCAACGCUGACAGGUGCAAGGACACCCUGGUUGGUAUGGACGACGAGGUCAACGAGUACAUUCUGCGAUACGUUGUCAGCCAGUGCGGCGGUGUUCAGGAUGUUUUCGAGGCGUUGCAACGGUGUGGAGCUUUCACGCAGCCGUUUGCGAACUAUUCUGAUAUCGUGGAGCGAGUCACUCGAGAGAAGUUGUACAAGAAGCAUUUGCAGGAACUGGAGGUGCGACGAAGCAGCGAUGCGAUUCCCGAGAGCAGGAAGCGCGCGAUUGACUCCCUGUUGAACGAAUGUUUCGCGGUCCGAGAUGGUGCGUACCUGUCUGGGCGCUUGCAGCCGCUGCCGUCGCAUUUCAGAGAGGUGGCGAUAAAGUACCAGGAUUUCUUCUGUCGCCGCUGCUGUACCUACAGCUGCCGCAACCACGGUCGUGAGCAGCCUGUACCAGUCGUGCGCGUUGAUCCUAAAUAUCCAGUCGUGAAGGCGGCGUCCAAACUGUGGCGUCGCGACCGAACUCCGGACUCUGAUGAACCAAUGUCUGAGCUGACCCCCGCUGGUGAAACAGAAAAGGAGAAGGAUUCGAUUGAGGAGACUGCAAAUGGUACGGGAAAUAUUACCGGUGGCGAGUCAACGCGCAGGUCACUGCGUGCUCAAACUGCUGCGAGCACAAAGGCGUCGUCACAGCUGAACGCAGCUCGCCUUCACAUUAAGAAGAUGGUGCGCUCCAAGACGACGGACGUGUCGGAGUAUCUCGGCUUCGACGGUGUUUAUCAAGCACUCACUCAGGACAAGAAGAUGGAUAUCCUAACCGACGAUGGUCGCUGUGGGCCUCACUGCUCCAAAUCUGUGCCAGGCUCAAUCGACCCUGCCACUGCUUCAGCAAAGUCGUGGGAGAGUUCCGAGGUUGCGCUGCUACACAAGCUGGAAAGGAGUGUAGGCGCCAACCCGUGUGUGUUGGCGGUAUUGCUUGCAACGCGAACAUGCGCUGAAGUGGGGAGGUUUCUGCAGCAGCGCGAGUCACAAGCACAGAGUGGUCUGCACGACCUUACCUUUAUUCGAAGUGGCGUCUACGGCAGAAAUCGUGAAUGGAGUAAUGGCGUGCUUGGGAACAGCUACGAACACCUUCGCCGUACCCGCUUUCAGCGAAUGAAGGACCGCGGUGCGAAUCACGAAUACGUUCCUUGCAAUCACGACGGCGGGUCUUGCGAUUCGGCGCAGUGCUCGUGCAUGCGUCGCGAUCACUACUGCGAGAAGGCAUGCGGCUGCUCUCCGGACUGCUCCAAUCGCUUCCCUGGUUGUCACUGCGAGGUGGGACAAUGCCGAACGUCAGCUUGUCCGUGUUAUUUUGCCUCGCGGGAGUGCGACCCGGACGUUUGUACUUCGUGUGGAGCUUGCGAGCUUCCAGUCGUCAUGGCUGACCCGAAGAGCAAGACGAAAACUGUGGCCCAGCUCAAGAUCUGCGGGAACGUCAACAUUAUGCGUGGGAAGAUGCGGAAAAUUGGAGUCGCUGCUUCGAAGACCCACGGGUGGGGAGCGUACGCCUUGGAGGACGCGAAGAUGGGCGAUUUCAUGUACGAGUACACGGGUUCCUUGCUGUCUCAAGACGAAGCAGAGCGACGAGGCAAUGUCUACGACAAAACCACGAUCAGUUUCUUGUUCGAUCUGAACGAAGACUCGGUGGUGGAUGCUACGCGGAAGGGCAACAAGAGCAAGUUCGCCAACCACGACUCAGCAGCGCCGAAGUGUUUUGCCCGAAUCAUGCUCGUCAACGGCGAACACCGCAUCGGAAUUUACGCCAAGGAAGAUAUCACCACUGGCGACGAGCUGUUCUUCGACUAUGGAUACAGUGGCGUAAUUCCCGACUGGAGUCAGGCCCGUAUUGGAUCUGGAAAAGAUGCUCCAUCCAUUGAAGAGGAAGAAGAGAGCAAAGCGGAACCGGUCGCCGUUAAAGAGGAAGCCGAGCCGUGA